CCCGGUUGCCAUUGCGUGUUUGAGUCACGUGCUGGGGGGAAGCGGGAAGGCGUCGUUCUUCUUUCCUAGUCCUCCCCCCCCAUCCGCCAUGUUUUCAGGCCCGGUCAGCCUUACUCUUUCCCCGUAAGGAAAUGGCCGGGGCGCUUCAGGGAACCCAGGCGCCGUUGCCUCGGCGGAGCCCGGGCUGACGAGGCAGGGCAGCGGGGUAAACCGGAGCAGUUCUGCGCGGGGUGGGGAGGCCAUGGCGUCCGGCAGUAACUGGCUGUCCGGCGUGAAUGUCGUGCUGGUGAUGGCCUACGGGAGCCUGGUGUUUGUACUGCUAUUUAUUUUUGUGAAGAGGCAAAUCAUGCGCUUUGCAAUGAAAUCCCGAAGGGGACCUCAUGUCCCUGUGGGACACAAUGCCCCCAAGGACUUAAAAGAGGAGAUUGAUAUCCGACUAUCCAGGGUUCAGGAUAUCAAAUAUGAACCUCAGCUCCUUGCCGAUGAUGAUGCAAGACUGCUACAGCUGGAAACCCAGGGAAAUCAAAAUUGCUACAACUAUCUAUAUAGGAUGAAAGCUCUGGAUGCCAUCCGUGCCUCUGAGAUCCCAUUUCAUGCUGAAGGCCGACAUCCCCGUUCUUUAAUGGGCAAGAAUUUCCGCUCCUACCUGCUAGAUCUUCGAAACACUAGUACUCCUUUUAAGGGUGUGCGCAAGGCCCUCAUUGAUACCCUGCUGGAUGGCUAUGAGACAGCCCGCUAUGGGACAGGGGUCUUUGGCCAGAGUGAGUACCUGCGCUAUCAGGAGGCCUUGAGUGAGCUGGCCACAGUGGUCAAAGCGCGAAGUGGGAGCUCUCAGCGACAACACCAGUCAGCAGCCAAAGACCUAACCCAGUCUCCUGAAGUCUCCCCAACAACCAUCCAGAGGUUUCAAAGGGCCCUGGGACUUAAGAAGAUGGUGGACAGGUGGCGAAAUUCACACACUCACUGUCUGUGGCAGAUGACAUUAAGCCAGAGGAGAAACCCAUAUGCCAUCUUAAGGAUGCAGGACACUAUGGUACAGGAGUUGGCACUGGCCAACAAGCAAUUACUGAUGGUCCGUCAAGCUGCCCUGCACCAGCUGUUUGAAAAGGAGCAUCAUCAGUACCAGCAGGAACUAAAUCAGAUGGGCAAAGCCUUUUACGUGGAGAGACUCUAAUGGCAUUCGAAACAUUGUCCUUCCAUUCUCACCAUACCUGCUAACCUAGAUUUCUUGAGCCCCACCACCUCCAGCAUCCUUCCCCAAAAUCACCUGGAUCUAGUUAUCUGCCCAGGGCUUAAGAUAGUGCUCCCACUCUCACCUCUCAUGCCCCUGUCAAGCCCCUGGUGCGAUCUGGGAAACAACCUGUGAAACAAUGGUAAAAACAAGAGUGACGCCUUGUGGCCAGAAUGAGAUAUGCAGUGUUGAUGUAAGUCGGCGCGGAGGGGAGGUGGAUAGAUGGACAAACUGAGCAGAGAAUCCUGAUUUGGUUUAAAAAAUAAAGCUAGCUCUUAAAGGUUCAAA